UCAGUCCAUCUCCCAGCCGUGUCAGACGCAGGUCAUUGUCUUCACCUGAGAGGAACCGCAGCAGCAGCAUGGCGGCCCGCCUUCUUCUCCGGCUCUGUGCGCUGAGAGCCCCGGCUCAGAGGGGCCUGUCUGUGGGGAAGCCGCUGCAGAGAGCCAUGGCGUCCACCGGAGGCAUCCCAACAGAUGAGGAGCAGGCCACUGGACUGGAGAGACGCACCCUGCAGGCCCUGAAGCAAGGAAAGGAUCCUUACAGCAUCCUGAAGCCCAAACAGUACACCGGCACCAAGGCGGACCCUCACAUCGUUCCCAGCAUCGGAAACAAGAGGCUGGUUGGCUGUCUCUGUGAGGAAGACAACACGGCUAUCGUGUGGUUCUGGCUUCAUGAGGGAGAUCCACAGCGGUGUCCUUCCUGCGGGUCUCAUUACAAGCUGGUCCACCAUGAACUGCCCCACUAAGGCCAAACGCUCCGUGCCAAAGCUUCACCACAGGACGGCUAUGUUCUCCUGGUGUUCUCAUCACUUAACAUGUACAGUUUGUCAUUAAAAUGUGGAACUAAAA